AUUUCAUUAGUACCAUGCUGAUCAUGCCAAGAUCCAAGACACUGGUCAUUUGAUGCUUUUAAGAUGGCUAAAAGGAAGUUCUCUACUGAAGAUGUCCUGCGCUUCCUUGAUGGGAAUGUGAGUGAAAUAGAGGACCUAAUAGAAACAGAGGAUGAAGUGGAAGAUAAGACUUGGACUCCCGGCAGCUCGAGUAGUAGCAAUGAAGGAGGUGAAAAUAUUGACCAGAGAACUGAAACUGAAGAAGCGGAUCCAACAGUGACACAGGCAACAAAGAGGCUUGGAAGAGGCAAAGUAAAACGUAAAGAGAAGAGGAAGAAGACACAUACAGCUGAAAGUGAUGACAGUACAAGCUCAGAAGUAGAGACUUCAACAGCAACACAUACCAAAAGAACAAAGAAAUCUGCAAAAAAGAAAAAGAAAAAGAGGGAUUACAGAUGGAGAAAGGUCGACUUUGAAUCACCAGAUGUUCAAUUUGAUGACAGUGCAGAUGAAACCAUUGAGGAAAGGUCUGAGUUUACACCAUAUAUGUACUUCAAGCAAUUCGUUACAAAUGAAAUGCUCCAACUUGUUGUAGACCAAACAAACCUGUACAGUGUGCAGAAAGAUGGAAAGUCAAUCAACAAAACUGUCAAAGAAAUUGAGCAAGUUCUUGGUAUGUACAUGCUCAUGGGUUUGGUGCAGAUGCCCAAUGUAAGAGCCUACUGGGAAAUGGAUACAAGGUACCCUAAAGUUGCAGAUGUGAUGUCAUGGGACCGAUUUCAGAAAUUGCUAACACUGCUCCACUUUGAAGACAAUCUCGGUGUCACUGAAGAUGCAAUGAAGGACAAAAUAUGGAAAGUCAGGCCAUGGCUUGAAAAGCUUCGACAGCAAUGCCUUCAAAUACAUCCUGAAGAAAAUCACGCAGUCGACGAGAUUAUAGUUCCUUUCAAGGGGAAAUCUCAGCUGAAAGUCUACAUGCCAGGAAAACCCCACAAAUGGGGGUUCAAAAUGUGGGGCCGUGCAGGACAAAGUGGAUUCCUGUAUGACUUUGACAUCUGUCAAGGGCCAGCAGAUCCAAAAAAGGAAAAGUCUGAUGUUGGUGUGAGUGGAGACGUGGUUCUCAAAUUGACAUCAACCCUUCGCGCUGGAAAGAACUACAAAGUGUUUGCAGACAACUACUUCACUAACUACUUGCGGGAGAGAGAGAUUUACUAUGUUGGCACCGUCAGAAUGAAGAGGGUAAAAAACUGCAAAAUGAUGGAGGAAAAAGACCUGAAAGCACAGGGAAGAGGGUCCAUGGAUCACAGAGUGAACCAAAAUGGUAUGAUCAUCGUCCGAUGGUGUGACAACAAAGCUGUCAACCUGGUGUCCUCUUUUGUCGGAAUCACGCCCCAAAGUGAGGUGAAACGCUGGGAUCGGAAGACGAAGAAUUAUCUCAUGGUUCCCAGACCAGGCAUUGUGGAGACCUACAACCGAUUUAUGGGUGGUGUGGAUCUUCUGGAUAUGCUUUCUGCCCUGUACAAAUACAGCCUGAAAUCCCGACAAUGGUACUUGCACAUUUGGUGGCACAGUGUCACUGUGGCACUGAUCAAUGCCUGGAUCCUGUACCGCAGAGAUUUGAAGGCACAAGGGCGGGAAAAAGAUGCCAUGCCCUUGAGGAGGUUUCAGGCCUCAGUUGGAUCUUGCCUGAUAAGCGCAGGAAAAGCAAGAGUCAAGCCAGGUAGGCCACUGUCCUCGCCAUCCCAGUCCACCAUGGAAGAGGCUGGGGGGAAGUGUGCCUCCAGAUGUGAGGCAAGAUGGAGUCAAGCACUUCCCAUCCUGGGCACAGCGACAAAGGUGCAAGCACUGCAGAGAUUCUCCACACUUCACUCACAUGUUCUGUGAAAAAUGCAAAGUCCACCUGUGCCUUAACAAGGACAGAAACUGCUUCUUUGCUUAUCAUUUGGCAAAGUAAAAGAAGAAGAGAUUUUCUAUAGUGUGUUUAAACUGCUGUGUUCAGAUAUGCAGAUGUUAUAGAAAGACUGAUGAUUGAAAUACUAUGGAUGUCCAGGACUCUUUAAGUUUGCAUAGUUCUUGUUAUUGCCAAAAUGCCCAUAUUAUCAAAUACGAUACAAAAUUGCCUUAAAUGCCUAAUGUAUCAAAUAUGAUACAAACAAAAAAAUGUACUUAGGAAUAUUUUUUAUUUAUUUAUUUUUUUAC